CGAAAUAUCGGGAGUCUCAUAUCCCCAUUUAAACGCGGCUUGCAAAUGAAAUGUAUUCGGAAGAACGAGGGACAUACAGGGUAGAAAAAAAAGUGCGUGCUGGCGGUGACCAGGGAGCUGCAGUUGAUACGAGGAUCCCAACUGCCUCGCAUAGUAGAACGACUAGGGGUCGAGAGCACAAUGUAGGCGCUGUCGUUUAUGCCACAGAAAAAAAAGAAUACGAAGAGAAGGCCAUCAUGUUUCCAGAUAACGAACCUAUAUGUCAAGCUGUCUCGACGGACCCUGAAAUGAUCACUAAGAAAAAGAAAAAAGACCAUCAUAGAAAUCCAUUUGCUGCUAUAUUCUGCUGUUGUCGUGGCAAAGAGACGAGGAGGGACAAAGAGAAGAAGAAAAUGAGAAUCCAGGAACACAAACAGAAAGAGAGCAAGAAAAGAAAGAAAAAUAAGAAAGAUAAGAAAGACAAAGUUGAUGCCCAAGUGUGCGUUUGUCCAGCCACAACCAAUUGUGCCUGCCAAGUAACCGAGGAAACGAGUUAUCAAGAGCAGACAACUCAAGUUUACCAGUUGAAGGAGGCAUCUCAGUCCAUAUCUCGUGAGUUAUGUCGAGACGUGGAAGUAGACGCAGUGAACAAGACCUGCACUUGUGCCACUCAGUUCAUGAGUUGCAUCAGAAACGUCAGUACCUUCCACAAGACCAAGAGCCUGACCAAAACCAAGUCCUGCAAAGACGCCAGCACCAUGCACUACAAAGCUGGCCGGCGGGAACUCCGGAAAGACAACGCCACAUCGUGCAGGGAUUGUAAUAAACAUUCUUCAAAAUGCGCCGGACAUCACAGCUUUUUGCAGAUGGAUGCAUUACAAACUUCAGCAACGCAAUGUCAGCUUACACCAAGAAAACACCAUGCUCCACCACCAGAUCUUUAUAUACCGACAUGUUCGAAAAAGUUGAAAUCAGGAAUACCACGUUUAAGUUUAUGCUCUAAGAGCGACACUGGGACCAGUAUGGACUCCAUCCACAGCAUAUCGUCCAUAAGAAGUGAUGAUGGUACCAAAACUGACACCACAGUUUGUAGCAUGGCAACGAUCAGAUACGAUGAAAUGCCGAAGAAGAAGAAUAAACUGCGAGUUACCGUGGUUACUAAGUCUAACAGGUCCACAGCGACUGACACGCAGAAGGUGUGUGACGUCAGCACCGUGACUAGUGAUUGGUGGAGUCCCAUACUGGAGAGGAAAGAUAAAUCGAUAAUGCUGGCUAGGCGAGGAGGGUGUCCCGAGUUGGUGCCACAACGGUCGCCUAGGACGCGCCACGUGGGUGUCUCCACUGAAGGCAGAACGGUCAAGUUUAAGAGCCGGGCGCAAAUCAUACCUACGCUAAAGAAGGACAUACUGUCUCCAUCUCGGUAUCUUCUCGAGUCUCAAAAGUAUUACAACGAACUUUUCUCAUCGAAAGUUUAUGCGCCGCAUGUGCUGUCUAUUAAUACCAUGCAGCGUCAAGAAGACAAGAAGCGUUCUGUCAAUCGCCGUAGUGGAAGGAGAAAUCACAAAGCGAAGAGAUUGGUGGAAUGUUAUUCGCCUAGGAAAAUGAUGGCUAGGGAGCACGUGUGGACGGCAGAAACAAAAAAUCUGAAGACCUCAUCAGGACACCAUAAAAAGCAUAGGGUCGGUGUAAGGCAGAAAAGGUCCCAAUUAUCUGAGAAAUCACACGAUGCUCCGACUCUGGAUGUGAAGGUGGGAGAAGUGAACAUGCUGACACGCCAAUACGAUGGUAAGCGUAAUAAUAUUACUUUCGUGUUCACGAGUGCUAAUAUGUAUACACUUUGA